CGCGACCCCUGGAGCCGGCCGGUCCUCGGGCCAGGGGGACCCGGAGACCCAGGGAAGGGCAAGGCGGCGGCCCCUGGGCGGCGGGACGGUCGUCGGAGGGCAGCAACUGCGCCGAAGCCCCAUUCCCAGCCCCCCGACAUGGCCCGGGGCGGCAGUCAGAACUGGAGUUCUGGGGAGUCUGACGGGCAGCCGGAGGAGCGCGUGGCAGAGGAGACCGGGGACAAGAUGGUGAAGGAGACCCAGUACUAUGACAUCCUGGGGGUGAAGCCCAGCGCGUCCCCGGAGGAGAUCAAGAAGGCCUACCGGAAGCUGGCGCUCAAGUUCCACCCGGACAAGAACCCGGAUGAGGGCGAGAAGUUCAAGCUCAUAUCCCAGGCUUAUGAAGUGCUUUCAGACCCGAAGAAGAGAGACAUCUAUGACCAGGGCGGCGAGCAGGCCAUCAAGGAAGGAGGCUCGGGCAGCCCCAGCUUCUCUUCGCCCAUGGACAUCUUCGACAUGUUCUUCGGGGGCGGGGGACGGAUGGCUCGAGAGAGGAGAGGCAAGAACGUUGUCCAUCAGCUGUCUGUAACUCUCGAAGAUUUGUAUAAUGGAGUCACAAAGAAGUUGGCCCUCCAGAAAAAUGUAAUUUGUGAGAAAUGUGAAGGUGUCGGCGGGAAGAAGGGGUCUGUGGAGAAGUGCCCUCUGUGCAAGGGCCGUGGCAUGCAGAUCCACAUCCAGCAGAUCGGGCCGGGCAUGGUGCAGCAGAUCCAGACCGUGUGCAUCGAGUGCAAGGGCCAGGGCGAGCGCAUCAGCCCCAAGGACCGCUGCGACAGCUGCAGUGGCUCCAAGGUGAUCCGUGAGAAGAAGAUUAUCGAGGUGCACGUGGAGAAAGGUAUGAAAGAUGGGCAAAAGAUUCUGUUUCACGGAGAAGGAGACCAGGAGCCUGAGCUGGAGCCUGGCGAUGUCAUAAUUGUGCUUGAUCAGAAGGAUCAUAGUGUCUUUCAGAGGCGCGGCCACGACUUGAUCAUGAAAAUGAAAAUUCAGCUUUCUGAAGCCCUCUGUGGCUUCAAGAAGACGCUAAAAACGCUGGAUGAUCGAAUCCUCAUGAUCACGUCCAAGUCGGGCGAGGUGAUCCGGCACGGGGACCUGAGGUGUGUGCGCAACGAAGGGAUGCCCAUCUACAAAGCAGCCCCGGAGAAGGGGACCCUGAUCAUCCAGUUCCUCGUCAUCUUUCCCGAGAAACACUGGCUGCCUCAGGACAAGCUCCCGCAGCUGGAGGCCCUGCUGCCCCCACGGCAGAAGGUGAGGGUCACGGACGAUAUGGACCAGGUGGAGCUGAAGGAGUUCAGCCCCGGCGAGCAGAACUGGCGGCAGCAGCGGGAGGCCUACGAGGAGGAUGACGAUGGGCCGCGGGCCGGGGUGCAGUGCCAGACGGCGUGAGUGGCCGCGCGAGCGCCCCGAGUGUAACGUUGGCACAAUGAAAAUGGCAUCGCCUAGCGGCCUCGUGUCUGGGGUGUCCUGUGUAUGUGUUCAGCCUGCUCAGGUGCUGAGUGUCGUCUUGGUUUUUCUUCUGUUUUUCCUUUGGUUGUCACUUAAGUUAUAGCUUAAUUUAUAUUUAAACGUUUCAAGUGUGAAUCAC